AUGUUCGGUCCCUUCCGCAUGACCUCCCCCCUAUCGGGCGGCCUCCUCUGGAAGAUCCCCUGGAGGCUCUCCAAGUUUCAGAAGCGCCGGCACCGCGAGCGCCUCCGAGCCGUCGACUCCGUCAUCGCAACAGUGGACGCGGCGCUGGCGCGGCACGGCGCGACGAUCGCGGCGGUGGAGCAGUGGAAGGCUGAGAUGCCGACGGAGCAAGAGAUGCUGCCGAAGGACAAGUACACCAUGUUCGACCGGAAGGAGAAGAGGUAUCGCAAGGGCAUUCACAAGCUGCCGAAGUGGACGAGGGUUUCGCAGAGAGUCAACCCUCCUGGUUACUAG